GAGAAUUUUGUGUUUCAUUAGCUAAAAAUGCUUUCAAAUCGUAAUUGGAAGAGUGCAAUAUGUGUGCUUACCCUACUGGCAAGUGCGGCACGCAGCUAUCUUCUGCAACAGCCUGUAGUUCAUGUGGAUAUGGAAAAGGCCGGCAUGCACAGAACACUAACGUACAAAGUGCAGUUCGAUUAUCCGCUGGCGGGCAAGGAUUGUGACUAUGUGCUGCUGCAACCGCUGCCAGCGGCCGUUUACAUAAGCACCGACGAGCUAGAUGAUUUGCAGCGACUAAAAAGACUAAGUGCCGUCUACCCGAAUUUUGUGAACAUUGAAGAGGCCACUGAGAGGGCCCAGCCGUUCUCUGUAUUGUUGCGUGGCGUGCCGAAACUGAUGGAAGUUGUAAAGCUUCCAAUUCAUUUUCGCUAUCAUUCACCCAGCGAUAAGAGAUCCACUAGCAUUGUAGCUAUAGCUACGCCAGAACUCUAUCUGAACUGUCCGAUCGCCGAUAAUGAGCUGGUUGACAAUGAAUUGGUUGCUCGACCCGAUAAGCUGUACUGCCUGAAUGCGCACAAAAGCAGAUUCGAUGAAAACAUCGUCACGGAUAGAGAGCCGACAACCAUCCAUAAUCUGGAGCGUUGCAACUGGAAGCAAAUACAUGUGGACUAUCAGCUGAGGGCGCCUCUGAGAGCCGAAAUACCCGUUGGCAAUACGAAUGCCUAUGCUCCCGUUCUGUAUGGCACAAUUAUACUCACCUGGACGAUGGCCAUUUGGACAAUGCUACGCACACUAUCAUCAUCGCGCCGCAUCAACCAGCGACUGAACGAGCAACGGCAGCUGCAGCGAAAGGUCAAGUAACAUGCAACGAAAUCGGUACGAUUCCAUUCCAAUAUCGAGACGGUUCUGAACGAUGCUGAAAACAGUGGAUAAUGAUAAUCAAACGAACGAUCCAUAAAAGUAACUAGGUUCCUUUAACUCUCGUCAGACGCACAAAGAAUUUAGUAUUGUAAAUAUUUAUUAGUACGCUCGGAGCAAGCAGAGGCAGACGUUGAUAAGACAAUUCAAAUAUUUAAACAUAUUCCCAGACUUAAUACAUAUGAAACGUGCCACACAUCAUAAACUUAUAUUAAGCUUAUCACAAAUUGACGGCACAUUAAGCUUACAAUAAAACAUAAAAUAAUUUAUUUAAUUA